UUGAAACCAAAUACAAUUUUUGUCGGACCACUCAAACAGAUCAAAUAGCUGCAUAGGCUUAAAUAUAUGUAUUAGAGUGGAACGGAAGGUAGGCUAGUUGUUUCAAUAAGGUAAUUACACCCAGUUGUUAUUUUUAAAUAAUACAAUGUUAAACAAACUGAGUUUGGUGUUAGCAUCUUUAAAUGUAAUUAUCGGUCGUUUUGCUAUUUGCUCGGCUGGGAAUGCCCAGUAUGCUAAUCCGAACAUACCUACAAUUGCUAAAUAUUUCGGUACAAAAGGCAGAUAUGAAGAAGUGAAUCCGCACCUGGUAGAUGACAUACUCUCCGUGAACAAAUCAAAUGUGGAGCCUCCGUCGCCCGAUUGCAAGGCAGUUCAUAUUACUGCUGUCCUAAGGCAUGGCACAAGAUACCCCUCCUCAAAAUAUAUUAAAGAUAUGAAAAAUAUUUACGGUCUUGUGUUAACUAAGGCGAAUGGCACGGAAAGCUGGCUGAGGGAUCUUAAGACUCAGUGGAAGAUGUGGUAUACCGAGGAAAUGGACGGCCAUAUCGUGGAUAAAGGCCGGGACGAUCACAGACAUUUGGCUGUCCGACUGGCCACAUCAUUCCCAACGUUGAUCUCUGCGGAAAAUUUACGAAAUAACCGCUUUCAGUUUUUCACCAGCUCCAAACAUAGGUGUGUUGCCAGCAUUAAAGCAUUCGAAGAAGGACUAGCGACUUUCUGGAAAACUGAAGAGUCUCAGUUUAAACAUGAAGAAAACGACGAGUUAAUGCGAUUCUUUGACCAGUGCAGAAGAUAUAUCCACGAUGUGGCCAAUAACAGAACCGCUCUCGCGGAGGUGGAUUUGUUCAGGUCAAGGCCAGAGAUGAGACGAGUCCAGGAGAAAGUGGCAGAUCGCCUGCAAGUUCCAUACAGUGAUAUCACGACAGAUUUGGUGGAGGCUGCAUUCCUCCUGUGUGCUUAUGAUUUUGCUAUCAAAACUGAGAAUUCACCGUGGUGCAUAUUGUUUGAUGAAGAGGAUGCCCAGGUGUUGGAAUAUAUGAGUGACCUAAAACAGUUCUGGAAAAGGGGAUAUGGUCAUGAUAUCAAUCGCAAGUCCAGCUGCUCUCUUUUUCAUGACAUGUUCAGUCGUCUUGAUAGGGUUGCCAAUGAAAGCAGGUUUGGUGAGGUGACAGAGGCUGUCACGGUCCAGAUGGGCCACGCGGAGACCCUCCUGCCUCUCCUCACUCUCUUGGGCUUGUUCCAGGACGAGCUGCCGCUCAACUCCAGCAACUACGCGGCACAGCGCAGCCGCGCGUUCCGCAGCGGCCUCGUCGUGCCCUACGCCGCCAACCUGGUCCUGGUGCUGUACGACUGCCCGGCGGGGCUCCGGCUGCAGGCCCUGCUCAACGAGAGGCCCCUGCCCUUCCCCAACAUCCCCCACCCUGCCCCGCUGUACCACACGGUCACACAGGCCUACCAGCAGCUUCUGCAGGGCUGCAGCUUCAAGAAGGAAUGUGAGCUGCCCUCACACACCUGAGGAGGAGGAGGAGUAAUAAUAAUAAUAAUAAUAAUAAUAGUUUCUCUUGAGUGAUUUUCAGACCACAGGAUCAAAGUGCUUUGUAAUAACGCAAUAAGCCAUAGUUAAACUUUACAUAUACUAAAACAAGACAUUUUAAAAGGAAAGCUAGAGAACAAUAGGAUGAAUAAUAGACUGUAUCUUUGAGAUAUCCAUAAGUCAAUUGAGGGUUAAGACAGGGUAAUUAAGUUAAGAUUUCAAUUCUGUGCAUAUUUGAGGUCAUAGGAUUUCCACUUCAAAAAAAAUGUACCUGCUGCAAACCAUCUGCUUUUAUUGGUGACUGGUGUCGAUGUGUGACUGCGUUUGGCCAGGGAUCAAAGUCUAUGUCUGUACUGAGCAAAUUUGAACAGAACCGUUUGGUUGAACAACAAGGUUGUAGUCAUAUUUGUGUUUCUGCUCUGACUACAUGAAUGAAAAUAGCCAGUUAGCCUUUUUCUAAAACAAAUAUUGUUUUUGGGCUUUGACUUUGAUCAUCGUGGCUUGAAUUAGCCUCGUAACCCAGCCAACCAAGUAAGUUUCACCCUUCGAGCUCCAAGCCUAUUUUCCCCAAUGUUUUUGGUACUCUCUGAUAUUUAAAUUCUGUAUUUUAAAUAUCUAUAUUUAAAUUUGAUUUCUAUAUUUGAAUAUAAGCCUAUUGUGCACCAUCAAUGGAUAUAUGUCUGUUUUUUCAGCAAAAAAAUUUGUUUGCCUGUGCUCUCCAAGGUGUUGAGAGGAACUGUCGGUAACUUGAAGUAUGUUAUUCUUUCCUAACAGAUCUACAGUUAAAUGCCAAAUUGUUGGGACAGUUGACCCAAAUGUGUGUCAAAUUGGUUGUUUUUCCCCCUGUACUGAUCAAAUUUUGUAUCAUAUCAAACAAUGGUACGAGGCAAAAUUUCCAACAUCUGCAUUUAUAUUACAACUAUAUUACAACAGUGCCGGUCAGUGAGUCAGAUCCUGCUAGGCUGGUCUGCCUGUGGGCAUUUUACCACUACACGUCAUUAUAGUCCACGGGAAUAUGGGUUCCAUCGCUACCAUCUGUUGCACAGAGCCCGGUUAACUAUCACAACAGUGUUGAUUAUGGAUUCUAAUGAACACAUUUUUAUGCAACUUCAUAUUGGCUGGGCAAUGUGAUUUGUCGGUCAUAUUCCGCAUUGCAAAUGUGAACUCCUCUGUUUCAGUAAUUUCUCCCGGCAUUUCAUUCCCGCAAGCUCCGCAUUUUGAAAGAAAGCAAAUAAUGUGAUACAGAUUUGGUUUAAUUAAAAUACACUACAAACAAC